UCCAUUCCCUAAAGCGACUUGGGUUCCUGCGGCAAAACAUGAACCGGAGCUUGCGUAGUAGUCGAAUCUCUGGAGAUAUUUGUACGCCAGCUCGAGUUUCGAUCGUCCUGCUAUCAUAACAUAAUCCGCAAGGUUCUUUGCGUUCAUAUCUCCCCAGUCCAGAAUGCCGGAGCCCAACCACGCCCCGUACGACGUCCACCUUGUAUCUGUUAUUGCGCGAAAUGCAGAUGGACUCAGUAUCGGUUCCACCGUUGUCAAUUCGCGGUAAACAUCCCGCACCUCAGCCUGCGAAGCGCCACAGGCUAGAAGCUUAACAAAAUGAGUAAAGAUUUAUAUUGCGCGACUUUCGACGCGCUCGGUGCCAUCCUGCGGGAAUGGCGCAGGUAUUCAGCAAAUAAAAACGUGCCAUUUUGCCUAUUUACCGCCAUAAUUGGCAAAGCACUUCCCCAGCAGGCCAUACGCGCCUGUAUUCAACCUGGCAUUGUCAGGCCUUUCGAUGGUAAUGCUAUCCGGCGAAAGGCUUCGGUUCAGUCCUGGGAAUAUUUUCUUAUGGCUGGAUGGUUGCGGAAAGGCCCAGAUGGCGCAACCUGCGUUUUACUGAACAACUCGAGGAUAACGGGGUCUUCCGUCGGAGGAAGAGUUCCAUAUGGUGAAUCUAAGGUGCGUCCGUUGAUCAAUUCAAAUCCUUGA